AUGGACGAAUAUCGAAUAAAUGAGAAAGAUGACAAGAGUCAACAACGUUCUCCCUUUAGAGGUGGGAAAAGAAAUAGAGCCACGGGUGAGAAAUUGGACUUUUUAAAGCAACAAUUCAAAUCGAAUCCAAGUCCAUCAGUGCAACAAAGAAGAGAGAUUGCCAAGCUGAUAGAUUUGCCAGAGAAGACUGUUACUAUCUGGUUUCAGAACAGAAGAGCCAAACUGAAAAAAAGAUUGAGGGAAAGCGAUUCUGUGAUAAGUUCACAGAGUGAUAAUGACUCCGACAGUGAUGGUUCCAGUACUGAAAAUGUAGACUGGGCUUUCGAUAAGAUUCCAUUGGAUUUAAAUAACGACUAUUACCUAAUCGACUGUUCCUCACUUGCAGUGGGCUCAUGGAGUAGAAAUAAAGUGGGUACCAUCCCUGAUCAGAAUACUCAUCUCAUUAGAAGUUUAAGAAAUCUUUCACCUUUUUCAGUGAGUAACAUAAUGAAAGGUUCCACUGACUUAUUAGUACUUAUCUCAAAGAAAAACUUCGAAAUUAAUUAUUUCUUCACUACUUAUUCAGCGACGAAUAACCAACAGAUGCUGUUUAGAAUAUUCUUUCCUAUUGACUCCAUCGUCUCCUGUUCCCUUACUCUAGAAAACAUCGAUAAUAUCGUAAACGAUGCCGAUGGUGAUGAUGAUAGCCUAGCAAAUUUACAACUGACUUUACAGAAGCCUCCAACAUUUGCAGUUUUCUUUGUUGACGAGAAUGCAUCUAAUCAAUGGUACUUAUGUGAUGAUUUCUCUGAGAGCAAGCAAGUAAGCAACGCUACUCUACUUAACGGUUCAAGAGUACCACAAGUACUAAAUGGGUUGCAGAGUUCUCUGAAAUUCAUGAAUUCCUUUAUUUUGGACCAAAAAUCCUUGAAUUCAUCAUUAGCCAAUAUUGCCGAUAAUUUCAUAGAACCAACAAAUAACGAAAACUUACAGUAUCUAAAUGAUCCUAGUUUUGCGUCAGUCAUUUUACAAAAUAAUGAAACUAAUUUCGAGCUCAAUUCUUUGCUGGAACAUGUGACUCACAAUCAAAACGACGCAUUGUUCACAGAUACAUGGUUAGCGGACAAUAAUAACACUAAUCCUAUCCUGGAUUUUAAUGAUAUACCGGAUUUUUUCAAAAAUCCAGAUCAUAUAUAA